AUCUUAAAUUCCCAGGUAGUUGUACUUUCGAAUCCUGUAAGGCCAGCCAACAUGGGGUUUUCACCACUGUCCCUCUCUCAAUAUCUCUCGUUCUUUCUGCUUCUCUUCCAUUUCCAUUCAACAAUUUCAUCUCCACUUUCCUCAAAUUACUCCUCUUCUUCUCAUUUGUGUGUUCAUCGCCAAUCUCUUUCUCUCCUUCAAUUCAAACAAUCCUUCUUCAUUCAAAAUAGUUCAGCUUUAUCGGAGUACUAUUGUCCACAUCCCUUUCCAAAAACAGAGUCAUGGAAAGAGGGUACAGACUGCUGCUUGUGGGAUGGGAUCACUUGUGACCUGAAAACCGGGCAUGUCACUGGACUGGACCUCUCCUGCAGCAUGCUUUACGGCACCCUCCAUCCCAAUAAUUCUCUCUUCUCUCUCCAUCAUCUUCAACAGCUCGACCUCUCUUUCAAUGAUUUCAACUUCUCCCAAAUUUCUUCUCGAUUUGGCCAGUUCUCCAGUCUAACACAUCUUAACCUAAGUGGUUCAGAUCUUGCAGGCCAAGUUCCAUUAGAAGUCUCUCACCUCUCUAAAUUGGUUUCACUUGAUCUCUCUAGAAACUACGGUCUAAGUCUAGAACCAAUUUGUUUUGACAAGCUUGUUCGAAACCUAACCAAGCUUGGAGAACUCCAUCUGAGUUGGGUAAACAUGUCACUAGUUGUUCCUGAUUCCUUGAUGAAUCUGUCUUCUUCUCUGUCAUCACUCAAACUAAAAGUCUGUAGAUUGCAAAGAAAACUCCCAUCCUCAAUGGGAAGAUUUAAGCACCUCCGGUACUUGGAUCUUGGAGGGAACAGUCUUACUGGUGCAAUUCCAUAUGAUUUUGAGCAGCUCACUGAGUUGGUAUCACUUGAUCUCUCUGGAAACGGCUAUCUAAGUCUAGAACCAAUUUCCUUUGACAAGCUUGUUCGAAACCUAACCAAGCUUAGAGAACUCGAUCUGAGUUCGGUAGACAUGUCACUACUUGUUCCCGAUUCCUUGAUGAAUCUGUCUUCUUCUCUGUCAUCACUCAAACUCAUUGCCUGUAGAUUGCAAGGAAAACUCCCAUCCUCAAUGGGGAAAUUUAAGCACCUCCAGUACUUGCAUCUUCGAGGGAACAAUCUUACUGGUUCAAUUCCAUAUGAUUUUGAGCAACUCAUUGAGUUGGUUUCACUUGAUCUCUCUGAAAACUACUAUCUAAGUCCAGAACCAAUUUGUUUUGACAAGCUUGUUCGAAACCUAACCAAGCUUAGAGAACUCAAUUUGGCUUCUGUAAAUAUGUCUUUGGUUGCACCUAAUUCCUUGACGAAUCUGUCCUCUUCUUUGUCAUCUCUCUCCCUCAGUAACUGUGGUUUGCAGGGGAAAUUCCCGGGUAACAUCUUUCUCCUCCCGAACCUUGAAUUUCUCUAUUUGUCACAAAACAAAGGCCUCACUGGCUCUUUUCCUUCGUCCAAUUUGAGUAAUGUCCUCUCUCUGUUAGGUCUUUCUAAUACAAGACUUUCAGUUUAUUUAGAAAACGACUUAAUCAGCAAUCUAAAGUCAUUAAAAUAUAUGUCUCUUUGUAAUUGUAACAUUACAAGGUCAGAUCUAGCUCUGCUUGGUAAUCUCACACAGCUUAUUUUUUUAGAUCUCUCGAGUAAUAAUUUAAGCGGUCAGAUUCCAUCUUCACUUGGAAACCUUCUCCAACUCCGUUACUUGCUUCUUGGUUCCAAUAAAUUUAGAGGUCAAGUUCCAGAUUCUUUGAGUAACCUAGUCAAUCUUUCAUAUUUAGAUUUAUCAGAUAAUCAACUAGUAGGCCCAAUCCAUUCUCAAUUAAAUACCCUUUCAAAACUAGAGAGUCUAUGUUUAUAUAGUAACUUGUUCAAUGGAACAAUACCAUCCUUUUUGUUUGCUCUUCCUUCUCUACAAUCUCUUAACCUUCAUAAAAAUUAUUUCAUAGGCAAUAUAAGUGAAUUCCAACACGAUUCACUGGUAUACCUUGAUUUGAGCAAUAACCACUUGCAUGGUACAAUCCCAAGUUCAAUUUUCAAACAAGAGAACUUGGAAGCCCUCAUUCUUGUGUCCAUUAGUAAAUUGACUGGUGAGAUUUCUUCUUCUAUUUGCAAGCUGAGAUUCCUUGAGGUCCUGGACUUGUCUAACAACAGCUUGAGUGGUUCUAUACCAUUAUGUUUGGGGAACUUCAGCAGCAAGCUCUCAGUAUUGCAUCUAGGCAUGAACAAUCUUCAAGGCACUAUCCCUUCAACAUUUUCAAAGGGUAAUAGCUUGGAAUAUCUCGACCUCAAUGGAAAUGAAUUAGAAGGGGAAAUAUCACCGUCUAUCAUCAACUGCACAAUGUUGAAAGUUCUUAAUCUUGGCAACAAUAAGAUUGAGGAUACAUUUCCUUAUUUUCUAGAAACGCUUCCAGAGCUGCAAAUUCUAAUUCUAAAAUCCAAUAACCUCCAAGGUUUUGUGAAGGGUCCGACUGCAAAUAAUUCCUUCUCUAAAUUAUGGAUUUUUGACAUCUCUGACAAUAAUUUUAGUGGGCCGUUGCCAACAGGGUAUUUCAAUACUCUUGAAGCAAUGAUGACCUCAAAUCAAAACAUGAUUUACCUUAACACGACAAAUCACAUUGUCUGUGUCCAUUCCAUAGAAAUGACAUGGAAAGGUGUAGAAAUUAAGUUUCCGAAGAUCCGAAGUACCAUCAGGGUACUAGAUUUGUCAAAGAACAGUUUUACCGGAGAGAUUCCAAAGGUGAUCGGAAAGCUUAAAGCACUACAACAACUCAACCUCUCUCAUAAUCGCCUUACAGGUCAUAUCCAAUCAUCAUUGGGAAAUUUGACCAAUUUGGAAUCAUUAGACCUAUCUUCAAAUUUGCUUACCGGAAGGAUUCCAAUGCAGAUGGCACAUCUAACAUUUCUUGCAACCCUAAACCUUUCACAUAACCAGCUGGAGGGGCCCAUACCAAGUGGAGAGCAAUUCAACACCUUUGAUGCAAGAUCAUUUGAAGGAAACUCGGGUUUAUGUGGCUUUCAAGUACUAAAAAAAUGCUACGGUGACGAGGCACCAUCAUUGCCGCCAUCAAGCUUUAAUGAAGGAGAUGAUUCAACAUUGUUUGGAGAAGGAUUUGGAUGGAAAGCUGUGACAAUAGGGUAUGGAUGCGGGUUUGUGUUUGGAGUUGCAACGGGAUACGUUGUGUUUAGAACAAAAAAACCUUCAUGGUUUCUUAGGAUGGUUGAAGAUAAAUGGAAUCUCAAGAGCAAAAACACAAAGAAGAAUUCCGGCAGAUAUGGUGCUAGAAGAAACUAAAUAAUUCAAUUGAUAUUUUCAAUGCAAACAAGAUAUCAAGUGGAUUUAACUUUGAAACAACACCAGUGUAGCAGAUUCCCUUUACUUUUUUCUCUUUUUUUUUUCAGUUUCAAGGUUAAUUGAGUGUUACUUUUAUGAAAAAGAAUCCAUGUAUGUAAUAGGUCAAGCAUGUAAAGUUAUAGAGUUAUGAACAGAUUGCUUACAAACU